AUGCAAGAUGUGAUUUUUAUUGCUGGUAAUAUUUUUAUCUAUCUAUCUAUCUAUCUAUCUAUCUAUCUAUCUAUCUAUCUAUCUCAAUUUUUAUUGAUGGUAAUAUUUUUUUAUCUAUCUAUCUAUCUAUCUAUCUAUCUAUCUAUCUAUCUAUUGGUUUGGUUUUUGCCAACAAGAUUUUUAUUGCUGGUAAUAUUUUUUAUCUAUCUAUCUAUCUAUCUAUCUAUCUAUCUAUCUAUCUAUCUAUCUAUCUAUCUAUCUAUCUAUCUAUUGAUUUUUAUUGCUGGUAAUAUCUAUCUAUCUAUCUAUCUAUCUAUCUAUCUAUCUAUCUAUCUAUCUAUCUAUCUAUUGGUUUGGUUUUUGCCGACAAGACUUUUAUUGCUGGUAAUAUUUUUUAUCUAUCUAUCUAUCUAUCUAUCUAUCUAUCUAUCUAUCUAUCUAUCUAUCUAUCUAUCUAUCUAUUGGUCAAUUUCCCGCCGCGCUGAUACAUGUUAUCGCCCUGAGCGUGAAAAGUUGACUGAAACAAUCAGCAACCGUCAACUAGAUAAGGGGUUCAGACCGAAAUACAUAGAUCUAUCUAUCUAUCUAUCUAUCUAUCUAUCUAUCUAUCUAUGCCAGUUUGUUUAUAUCUAUCGACCUUAG